AAUCAAUGCCCAGUACGUCUGUCUUCCUGUAUAAUAGAAAUAAAGUACUGACACAGAUCACAUAGUGAUAUUCCUGGAAUGAUUAAGUUUUUUGUAAGGAAAAAUCUGAGACUGAGAAUUAAUGAUUUAUUUGGGAUAUCUAUUCAACUGGAAACCAUUUUAAUAUCCAUAUAUUGACGUUUGCCUCGAACCUUUGGUACGCCUUUUCAGACCGUUGUUUGACUUCAGACUUUUUAAUGAAGAGAAGGACUAGAAUCGAUAAACAAUAUUUUAACAGAGAGGUUAAUUAUAAGCUACACAAUAUAUGCACAUAUGUACACAUCUCUUCUAAGUGAAAUGGAAUCUUUUGUCGCUCAUUCUCACCAGCACUGAGAUCGAAGCAGAUGCUGCUAAAGUCAGUGUGCAUUCAUAUCAACAAAAAUGAAACAUGAACUAUUAUUCAAGUGUUGGAAUGAUAAUUCUUUUGCAAUAUGUGCUCACUCAGUCCAUAGCAGACCCUAAGGACUGUAGUUCCUUCAUCCAGCAUCUUCCAAAAAACAUCACCAUUAGAGAAUCAUCGCCCCUAAAUAUAUCUAUUAUUGAGAUCCGUUUAAACGCUACAGCUGCCCCUUCAUUUAUCAACAACAUUUACUACCAUAUUCAUCCCGACUGCCUAUCGAACCAUUUUAAAUCUGUUCAAGAGGGCAAUAAAUGGUCACUAUUUCUACAGAAAGCCAUCGACGUUGAAUAUAUCUAUCUUGUAGAGAAUAAAUUUGUGUUGAAGGACUUCCAAAUAGAAAUCAAAUGUGGAUUUCGUAAUAGCAUUGUGAAUGGUACAGUUAUUGACGAGGAUGAUAAUGGACCCAUCUUUGCCAACACAAAGUCGACAAACUGUACAAUAUCAGGGUAUAGUGCGAACUCCUACAGAGAAUACACGGGUCAGUUAGAAACCAGCCCGGGUGGAAUCGAGGCUGCUGAUGGCGAUGUUACCGGAAAUAACGUCACGUACUCAUUCCUCUACGGAGAACCGUUUGGAUUUAAAGACUAUUUCAUCAUUAAUCCUCAGCAUGGACAUGUUAAUAAGACAAGGGAAAUAACUGAGGAAGAUCCACACAAUUUUAUGAUGAUAAUACAGGCUACAGAAAAUUCAACUUUGGGUAGAACUAAAAUUGCAGUGCUAGAAGUGGGUGUUUACGAAAACAUACCAGUAGUCUCUUCACAAGUGGAGGCAAACCAGGCUGUUCUGCUCGUCCUACAGGUUCUCAGUGGUAUCAUCAUAAUGGUUUUCACUUUUGCGUUCGCUUAUAUUGUGCAUCAUCGAAUCAAAAAACAUGUUGUGAGUCCGAAAAUCCCAGACAGUGUGAACACUAGCAAGUUUGACAGUAUGGAGGCUGUGACUGAAGAUUCCUUUAUCCUGGAAAAUACCAUUGUGCUAACAGAGAGCAAUCAAAUUAACGGGGGGACUAUUAAAGACUCGAAAGAGUGAUCAGGGAGAGUUAAACAAUAUAAACAACAUGUUAUUAUUUGCAAGAUGUUUUAAUUCACAUCGCCUUUGUAUAUUAUUCAUUAUUUUGUAUUUUAUGUGCUUUUAUUAAUCUACAACAGUUGCUUUAAAAAAAAAUAAUCGAUUUCAAAUGCAUUUAUCGAUUCACAAGUUAAAAUGUGGUUAUAAUGUGGUUAUCGAUUUUAUUAAAAAUUUUCAAUCAAGUUA